GGACUCACUGACGUAAGUUCACUCUGUUUUCUUUUGGCUUUUUUUGACCAGUUGUGUGAAGUUAAGGGUUAGUACGAGAUUGUGGCUGGCCGGGGGAGGGUCGUGGCUAAUCGUGUUGGCGUGUUAGUAAACAAGUGAGUGACAUAAAAGAAGAUAGAGCUUAACAACAAGAAAAUUAUUCUCAGUCGACUGUGAGUGGAUUGCGUAUUAUGAAAUAUAAUGCGGUACUGAACUAUGUUUACCCGUGAGCACCCUAAUGAUAAGCCAACUAUUUUACAAGUUUAUUUGAAUUAAUAGAAAACAGCAGUACAGUUUUUAAUGAAGCUGAAUCAUUUGUGGUGCAAAACUAUGACAGAUAUCGUUGAAGAAAUGGCAUCGUGAUAACUUUAACAAUCUUGUGAAUGGGAAGAAUGGUGGCCAUGCUUUUUUUUAUUCUAAGUACUGGCUUCGUCCUCGGCUUAGUCAGGGCAAACAUCGUCCUUCAUGAAAAUGGGUACGAAGGCGUCGUCGUUGUCAUCGGAGAAAAGGUUCCUGAGGACCCAAACAUCAUUGAAAAUCUGAAGCUGAUGUUCGAGGACGGGUCACGGGUGCUGGACGAGGCCACCCACCAUCGAGCACACUUCAGGGAGGUCACCAUAGUUGUCCCUUCAACUUGGACCCACAAAGAGGAGUAUAUGAAUACGUCUGGGUCGGGGUGGAUGAAGCACGCGGACGUGAGGGUGGACGAGCCUCAUCCUGUACACGGAGACGCCCCCUACACCCUUCAGCUUGGUGGUUGUGGCGACCCCGGGGCCUACAUUCACCUCUCUCCGGGUUACGCCACCGCGAUGUACCACCACCUCCAGUCUGUCUAUGGCCCGCCAGGUAAAGUGCUGGUCCACGAGUGGUCACACCUGCGAUGGGGAGUGUUCGACGAGUAUGGGGAACAUGACACACACACCCCGCCCUUUUACAUUGGCGAGGACCGCCAGGUGCACGUAACGGGAUGCUCGGCAGACAUCAAGGGUUGGCUGAUGACGAAAAACGGAUCUGAGUGUCACGCAGAUCAUUCGGGAAUGCCAAACAGACAGUGUCAUUUCUUCCCCGCCCCCCGGAACAACGCCACUGCUUCCUUUAUGAACCUUUACUUCCUAGACUCUGUGACAAUGUUCUGUGACAACAACACCCACAACUCCUUCGCCCCCAACACUCACAACCUGCAGUGUGAUGGUCGCUCCGUCUGGGAUGUCAUCAGCCAGCACCAAGACUUCAAGGAUAACAUGUUAAAUGGUACUCUUAAGCCCUGGACCUCUUCAUCUUACAGGAACCCACCACAAGAGAAGCAGCCUCAUCCUCAAGUGUUGACGCCCAGGUUCCAGGUGAUACAGGAAGCGGCCCUGGAGAAGCCGAGAUUUGUUCUGCUUCUGGACUUAUCAGGGUCUAUGGACCAGUACAUGAACCAGUUCUACCAGGCCGUCGUCAGGUUUGUACGCAACUUGGCGCCCACGGGGAGCCUGAUGUCUGUGGUGUCAUUCGCCAACACGUCGCGGCUGGACCUAAACUUCACGGUCGUGCCCGAAGAUAGAGACGAUAUUGUGGCCAGCCUCCCCAAGACCUACACCGUCGGGGGCUACACUGCUAUCGGCGGCGCCCUCGAGUUUGUUCUUCAGCUGGUGGAGGAGACAGGGAUAGAGGGCAAGGGGUUGAUGGUGGUGCUCAUCACAGAUGGGGAGGAGACGAUCCAUCCCAAGGUGGAGACGAAGCUUCCGGCUGUCAAGAGGAAGGGCAUCAUCAUCAACACCGUUUCCUUCGGCCCCAACGCCACCGACUGUCUCGAAUUCUGGGCAAAGGAAACUGGGGGUCGCUCCUACUACCACAGCACGGGGUCCUCAGGCUCACUCUCCAGCCUCGACGCUCUUCUCUUUGAUGCUAUCACCAAGGACGACGACCGACAGAUAGACCAGCUCCUUCAGGUGUACCGCAUGACGCACAAUAUCACCGCCGGACGAAACCACUUCCAGGUGGGGGAGGUGGUGCUGGACUCCAGCCUGGGACACGAGACACGCUUCACCUUCACCGAAACGUUUUUUCCCCACAUCCCGUUUUCUAUCAGCGUGACACUUAGGGCGCCAGAUGGACAAGAGUACGAUGCUGGCAGUAACUCAAGGAUUUAUCAUGCCGACAAUACCACCCGCACCAUCACCUUCAAUAUCCUAGAAGCUAUGCCGGGGCGCUGGGAGUACAACAUCCGUUUCCGCUUCAGCACGCCAAAUGAGGUCCAGGUGGCGGUCACCUCCCACCCCAGCAGGAAGACUCGCCAGGUCCCGAUCAGGGUGAAGGCGUGGAUGCCAGCCAGCAACAUUACCUACCCGGAGCCUGCACUAGUCUACGCCUACAUCAGCCAGGGCUACAGCACCGUGCUCGAUGCCACCGUGACCGCAGUUAUCGUACCGCCCACAGAAGAUGGACCCAUCACCUUCUCCCUGCUGGAUAAUGGUGUAGGUGCAGAUACCCGGGCUAAGGACGGUAUCUACUCCGCCUACUUCACCCAGUUCUCCGCCAAUGGCCGCUACAGCCUGUCAGCUACCGUCUCUACCAGCAACCGCACCGUCAAGUUACAAGGGUAUUCAACUGACAGGGGGGAAGACCACCUUCGAGUCCCCGGAAGCUCAGCCAUCCGUCGCCUCUCCUUUCCUGAGGAAGAGAAGAUGCUGUCGGAUCCAAGAUCCAAGUUCCCUCCUGAUGAACUGGUGCCCUCCGAAGACGGCGGCCGUUCUAAGGACGGUGCUGAUGACCUGGAUCGGACCGUCAACCGCCUGCAGAAGGUGGAGCCUUUCACCAGGUUCACGUCAGGGGGAAUAUUUAAGGUGAACAACUUCCAUCCAGGUGAUCAGCAGCCCCCAGGUCGCGUCACUGACCUGGUUGUGUCGUCAGUAUACCUCUACGACGCCUCCGUCACCCUAGCCUGGACCAGCCCUGGUGAUGACCUCUACACCGGCACAGCCUCGUCACUGGAGCUUCGGUACCACAAGACCAUGAAGAUCCACCACAACUUCAAGCUGGGCUACCCGGUCAACUCCAGCCUCCUGACCUACGGUGACCUGACCCCUAAACCAGCUGGUGACCUUCACACCAUCAUUCUCACGAUCCCGGGAGAGACAGCGGAGAAUCUAGAGGGCCGAGCAAUAUUCUUCGCCCUGAGAGCAAGAGACGAAUCGGGAAACUCUGGUGACUUAUCCAAUAUCGCCACCGCUUACUUCCCCUACAAGAAAUACACUAGAAAUAUAAAAGAGGAGCAGAAGAUGGACGCCAUUAGUGGUUUAGUGGUGCUGGUGGUACUGGCGGCCAUUAUCAUCAUUAUAGUGGCCUUCAUCGCCUCCGUCAAGUUCCUCCACGUCAGGAAGCGGAAACAGAGGAAGGAACAACAACUGGUUGAGGCGGGGAAUAGGUAUUGUGGUUAGUGGUGCGGGUGGUUGUGGGUUAGUGGUGCGGGUGGUUGUGGGUUAGUGGUGCGGGUGGUGGUAGGUUAGUGGUGCGGGUGGUUGUGGGUUAAAGAGUGUAGAUAGGGUUAGUGGUAGGUGUUGAUUAAGGGGUGUGGGUGUGUGUUGAAGGGUGUAGGUGGGUAGAUUACGGAGUGUGGUUGGUAUAAGUAGGUGUAUGUUAUUUAAGGUUAUGUGGUUGUGUAUGUGUUGGCUAAAGAUUUUAGGGAUAUGGGCCAUGGGCUUAGGUAGGAGUUACGGGGUAUGGGUUAUGGGAUCAUGGGUUCGUGGGUGUCUAGCAUGGGUCAAUAAGUCACAGUGAAUGGCGCAGAUAACUAGUCGGUGUAUUUCUGAAUUUGAACGACACGGCUUUGUGAAUAUUUGAAUAAAGUGUGGAUAGAUGAGUGAAUUAUUACAGUCGAAUAAACCCUUUAAUAAUUAUGCAUGAAUAAAUGGAUUAAUGAAAUGUACUGAGAGACAUAACUUACUUGUGGAAUGUCUGUUCUAUUUACGGGGAAAUGCAUAAGUGACCCAGAUGAGAGACAGGUAGAUGAUUCUAGAUUUAUUUAUUACACCUAGCUAUUGUGGGUACUUGUAAACUCGUACUUUUUACUUUACCUUUAUCCUCUUCACCACUGAUCGGCUCGUUAGUCACUUGAGCGGUCGGUCAUGUCUCUGUUAUAGGUACUGUGUCAAGUACUGGGCAUGCACUGGCUCCUGAAUAUAUCUGAACCUGCUCCAGUGUUGGUCAAGUCAUAUUUAAGCUUGUGAAUAUAGUGAGUCGUCUUGAGACAUCGGGCGGAGAAGUUAAUUAUUCUGUAUGUACAUUAUUCGCCCGUACUUACAGCUGGUACAGUGGCUGGCGCGUUUUGUGAGAUGUGGCACCUCUGUUUUUGUUUGCAUCGUAUUGAAACUCACGGAAUGACCCUAAGGAACCUCGCAUUGGUAGUCAGACUAAGGCUGCUAGAUAAGCAUCUAGACUUGCCGACUCUCACAAAACGCCCCAGCCACUGUACUAGGCAUAAGUGCAGCCAACUGUACGUUUACUGAUGACGUCACAGCUUCCUCUGGUUGGCGAAGCAGAAGAAAUGUCGGUGAGUGAUGUUAAAGAUAUUUUAAGAUUAUUAGAAUUCCUUAUAAAUCUAGACAUUCUCGUCGUGCAAUCUUUCUGACUAAGUUAUUCCUUUGUAGAAACCGUUUUGUAGAAGUAAAUUCAUUUAUUUUCUCGUGUGCCGUCUGCCAGCCAGUCAGCCUCUCAUGUGUGAACAUUGUAGAUGUAAACAAUAAUAACGUUCGUAUAUGAGUGGUGAGGGAGGAGGUGCUGGUCAACUGUCUUGAUCCUCUGACGACUUAUACUGGUUGGAGUUGUAUAUAAGAAUUAUUAUAUAAUUUAUAGUUUGGCAAAUGGAUGAACAAUACAUACAAUGCUAUUUGGUUGUAUGAACUACUGUAUAAAGUUAUAUUAAUAUACUUUAUGGCGAGACGAAUAUGUAUUGAUCUUAACAUAGGAUAUACUGUACUGUACUGUACUGUACUGUAAGACGAAAUAGUACAACUAAUGAUGUGUAGAUUUACUUAAUGACGCAGUCAAUAUAAAUCAAUAUUGGUGUACGAGUUUCAAGAUCCGACCAACUAAAAACAGAGUUAGUUAAGAGGGAAACUAUUUCAUAGGUAGACAAAUUAUUAUGAUGUCUGUAAUGACCAUCCUAAGAUAUUAUUCUUUUUUUUUUUGUAGAUGUCUAAUAGUAAUAAAUAUAUAAAGAUUUA